GAUCCAGCCGAUAUCAACCAGGUGCAAGGAUUCUAUCCCGUACAGCCACCACUGCCCGCCGUUGCCGGAAUCGAAGGUUUCGGCGUAAUUGAAGAGACUGGGCGUGGAGUGACGAGUUUACGCAGUGGUGACUGGGUUGUUCCGGCCCAUUCGGCCGUUGGGUGUUGGCGUACAUUUGGUAAUCACGCUGAGCGCGAUUUAUUCAAAAUUGGCAAUGACAUACCGUUUGAGUCGGCAGCUACAUUCCAGAUCAAUCCGCCAACAGCUUUUAGAAUGCUAAAAGACUUUGCUGUUUUGCAACCAGGUGAUUUGGUGGUGCAGAAUGGUGCCAAUUCGAACGUCGGACGUUGUGUAAUACAGGUUUGUUUGUUUCCAAAUAAGCCAACGCAUCGCAAUCAUACAUGCUGCAUUCAGUCAAAAUCAGAAGUCAAUAUCUUCUCCGUAACUCACCUUAAUUCAGUGUCACAAAAACUUUUGCCAUCUGAAUAA